GCCCAGCGCCCCGCGCUCCCCGCGCUCCCCGCGCUCCUCGCGCGCCCCGGCCGGCAGGGGUUUCUUCCCCGCCCCCGCUGUCAUGUCUCCGGGCCCGGCCCGGCGGGGUGGCGCGGCGCAGGCCCCGGCGCCCGCGGCGAGCGACCGCCCAGGGCCAUGAUACGGCUCGGCGGCUGGUGUGCGCUGCGGCCCCGCGGCGCGGCGUUCCCGGCGGGGCGGCGCUGGGGGGCGGGCUGGCCGGCGGGCCGGGAGUGCGGCCGCGCCCUGCGGGUGCUGGUGGACAUGGACGGCGUGCUGGCCGACUUCGAGGGCGGCUUCCUCAGGAAGUUCCGCGCGCGCUUCCCCGACCAGCCCUUCAUCGCCCUGGAGGACCGGCGCGGCUUCUGGUUGUCCGAGCAGUACGGCCUCCUGCAGCCCGGCCUGAGCGAGAAGGCCAUUAGCAUAUGGGAAUCAGAAAAUUUCUUUCUUGACCUGGAGCCUCUGCCAGGGGCUGUGGAAGCUGUGAAGCAGAUGGCCAACCUAGAAAACACUGAUGUCUUCAUCUGCACGAGCCCCACGAAGAUGUACAAGUACUGUCCCUACGAGAAGUAUGCCUGGGUGGAGAAGCACUUUGGCUCUGACUUUCUGGAUCACAUUGUGCUGGCCACAGACAAGACCGUGGUCUCUGCCGACCUUCUCAUAGACGACAGGCCAGACAUCACAGGCAAGUGGCCUACGGCAGGGGCCGAGCCAAACCCCAGCUGGGAGCACAUCCUCUUCACAGCCUGCCACAACCGGCAUGUGCAGCUGCAGCCCCCCUGCCGCAGGCUGCACUCGUGGGCGGACGACUGGAAGGCCAUUCUGGACAGCAAGCGGCCCCGCUGAGCUGGACUGUGCUCUGGGCUCCCCCGCGGGGCCCCUGACCUCAGGGCUCCCAGCUCAGGGCCCCCCGCCCCGGGGGGGGGUGGGGGUCCCUCUCACAUGGCCCGGGCCCACUGCAUGUCUCCCCGCUCUCCCCAGCCCUGCCAGGCCUUAAACUGAUCUCGGGGCAGGGCUGGCCCAAGGGCCCUGGACAAGACACGUCUGGCCAGGCGGUGCAGGCCGACCUCGGGCCCGGGCCAGGCUGCACGGGGCUACACGGGCUCCAGACCGGAAGGAGCCGAGGGCCAGCAGUCCUGCCCCCAUCCCUCAGGGAAGUCCCCCGCCAUCGGGUCCGCAGCCCCUCGGCCAGGGUUCCGGCAGUGAGGUGCUGGAGGGGCGAGAGGGCUCCGAGCAGGAGCAGGUGGGACGAGUCCUCACAUUCUGGGCCGCAGCCCCUCCCUCCGCUGCCCUCCCGCCCGGGCCCCGCUCCCCUCCCCACCCCCGCCCAGGGGCCCACCGUGGAUUCAGCAAACACUCCCCGAGUGCCAGGGCACGCCAGGCUCUGUGCUGGGGGCUCCGCACGCCGCCCGGCCUUGGACCGGCCCAGAGGUUUCGCGCACCCCUGUCCCUGGGGCCCUGCUCACAGGGCCCAGCAGUCAGCAGCCUUGAACAUUUGUGGAAGGCCGGCCAAAUAAAUGCGGUUCACGUGUCACCCGAGGAUGUGGCCCCCUCUAGCCCCUGCCCCGAGAUCGUCCGGCGUCUGGCCCCUGGGCACCCAGCUGCACACCCAGCUGCGCACCUUAUACCCUGGACCUCUGCGGCCGCUGGAAUGCAUCUUACCCAUGUCUUCACACGUGCUGUUUGCUGCCCUUUGCCAGAGGGUUUCUCUGCCAACCCCGACCUCCGACCUCCUGGUGGGGAGGCAGGCUGCCGUCCCUCCCAGCCCUGCGCCAUCUGCAGGAAGGAAGGGCUGGUUCGAGUUAGUGACUGCGGUUGCAGGGGUGUGUGUGUGAGAGAGAGCGCGAGAGAGGAGUGCGGGCGGGGGGCAGAGGGAGAGGGAGAGAGAAUUUUAAGCAGGCCCCACGCUCACUGUGGAACCCAAAGCAGAGCUCAAUCUCACGACCCUGAGAUCAUGACCUGAGCCGAAAUCAAGAGACAGAUGCUUAACUGACUGAGCUGCCCAGGCCUGGGGGCCAGGCCUCGGAGAUGAACACAUCCGCACAAGUCCCAGAGUGGCAGCCCUCCAAAGAUAACGUUGGGGCUGUGACGAAAUGACUCUUAUGGAUAGAAACGCAUAGAAAUAGGAACCAAAUCACCUGUCCAGUGAACACCUCAGCCCUGUUGGCAAUUCGGAUAAAAUUUUUAAAAUCCUGGGUUAGAUUCCACAAAGCUGGUUCAGAAGCAUAGGCUGGGGCAGGGGACAGAAAUCAGGGUACUUAAAACUUAGAGGUCAGGGGAGAAGUGGGGCUUAGGAGGUGCAGCCUGUGAUGUUAACGGUGUUCUCCCAGAUUCUGCAGCAUCCUCCCUGGCUGGGAUCCUCUUUUGUGCACAGACCGGUGAUGCAGGCUGGAGCGCGGGAUCUGCAGUUCACACCAUGGCCACAGGAUGGGGCCAGAGGACCAGCUCUGGCUGCUCCGUGCCUCUCUGGGGUCCCCAGAGCGUAGUCGGCCUCCUGGACCAGACCUGACCCGUAUUCUGGUCCUCUCUUGGUGUUCCCAGCCACCAGCAUCUCUCUCUCUUUUUUUUUUUUAAGAUUUUAUUUAUUUAUUUGAGAGAGAGAAUGAGAGAGAGAGAGCACGAGAGGGAAGAGGGUCAGAGGGAGAAGCAGACUCCCUGAGGAGCAGAGAGCCCGAUGCGGGACUCGAUCCCGGGACUCCAGGAUCAUGACCCGAGCCGGAGGCAGUCGCCCAACCGACUGAGCCACCCAGGUGCAUCUCUUUCUGAUACCCCUGUAUGCUCUGGAAACCCGUGUGGGCUGAGCCUGGGCUGUGCACAGAGGGGACCUCAGCUACUGAUUCCUGAGUAGAUGGAUGAAUGGCAUCAGCUCUAACCCUCACCUAAGGAAGCAGUUCAGGCUCCAGGGAGAGAGCAGGUGGGAGACUGUAGUCCUGGGCGGGCCUGGCUAGGGGAGAAUGCAGGCGCUGAGAGACCUUAUGGGUCCCCUGUUCUCAUGGAGAUGGCACUGUUGUGGGGUCCCAUCCAAGCUUGCUGCCUUCCCUCCUUCACAAGGCACCCCACACAAACCAGAGGCACAAGCUGGAGUCCUGAGGCAUGGGCUAUUGGCUAACAACAUUUUUUCAGGAGAACUUUUACACCCUCCCACUCAAGUGCCCCCAGUCCGGCCGGGGACAGCUGGUGGCUGUUCUGGUUGGGCAGUGCCGAGCGGAGCUUCGGGAUGAAUGUGCUCACUCCUGUGUGCGCUGGAGGAUUUGUCUCCACUCGCUCCAUGACCCAGGCCUGUCCACACGCUUGAGUUAUCUCCCGGCCUCUGGUGGCAGUUGAGCCUGUGGCCUCUGACUGGAAACAAGGCUUACCAUUGUUUGCUCAACAUUCCCACUCCUGGCCCUUUCCUGUUCUCCUAUCCUGCCCCACCCCCACAGCCUGCAACCCCCCCCCUUUCCUCUCCACUCAGUUCACCCCUGCUUGCCUCUGCCACCCCUCAGAAAGUUCUUGCAGACUGCCCUAGCCCCCUGGGACAUCUCCCUCUUCUGACCUCCUCAGCACUAACUGCCUGAACCACUAGCUUCAAACUUCUAGGGAGGCGUUUCCUGUGUAGUGGAUGAAAGAGGAGGAAGAGGGAAAGGAUCCAACAUUUCUGGAGUGUACUCCAGACACUUUAUCACGUCAUUAAUCUUCCCACACAACUAUGAAGUCAGACCAGGAUAAUCUGGUUUUAAGUUUGUGAAAACUGCAGCUGAGAAAGUGGAGCCUGGGUUCCACCCAACUCCGAAGGCCCUGCCUUUCCCGCCAUCCAGAGCUGCUGCUCUGAGUGGAAAGGAAAACACCCCCAGGCACACACAAGUGGAGGGGGUCAAGUGGCUGCUGACUCACACUGAAGCCUCCCCACAUGGUCCCAAAUCCCAACAACAUGACAAACAGGAAUGGUGCCACUGGUGAACCAGAAACUGCCUAACACCUUAAAGGUGGAAGGCAACUGGGGCUGAUGGAAGGAGGGAGCCAUGGGAGAGGGGUGGCCAGAGGCCCUGGAGGGGGGAUCUGGGGACUCAAGAGGGCCUUGGGCUCCUGGCAGAAUAACUAACUGUUUAGGGAGCCACCAGGUGAGUUGAACCCUCUUCCCUACCACCCACAUGCAUGUCACACACACACACACACACACACACACACACACACACACACACACACCUGGGCCAAGCAGAGAACUCUGGUAUCUGUGUUUUGGGGAACUGGGGAGAAGCAAGUGUGGGUGCUAUAGCUGAAGAGAUAGGCAGUGUCCCAGAAAGCUGGUAACACCCAGGGAGAAUGGAGACCCCCAAGCACAGAACAUUAGGGAUUGCAUAGUGAUACAUUCUCUUCCCCCCCCCCCCCCCCCCCCCCGAAUGAGGGAAGGCAGGCUGUGGGAAAUCGAUUUGGUGUCUUCAGCUAGAGUGAAACUCAGAUACAAGGAUGAGCCCAUGAAUGAUGGCAUCAAAGUCCUAAACAAGAGAAUUGAUACCCAAGGAAAGGGAGUUAUGUAGCCAGAACAAUAAUUUAGAACAGGUGUGGUCAGUAUCCUUAGAUGUAGUAGAAUAUUGGACCCUCCAAAAGAUCAAAGAAUUUGGAAAAUUAAAAUCUAGUCAUGGAAAAAAAAAAACCAAUAAUAGGCUGAAUAGCAGAAUGGACAUAGCUGAAUAGCCAAUAGUGGGUUGGAAGAUUAAGUUGAGGACUCCUAGAAUGCACCACUAAAAGGACAAGGAGAUCCAAAGAACGAAAUUUUGUUUCCUAGUCCAAAAGGAGACAAGAAUGUGGGGGAGAAAUUGUCCAGGGUUGAGGUUGACAGUGUCCCAGAACUCUGACUAAAAUAGGUCAUCAGGGCGCCUGGGUGACUCAGUUAAGCAUCUGCCUUCAGCUCAGGUCAUGAUCCUAGGGUCCUGGGAUCAAGUCCCGCAUCCCUGCAUCGGGCUCCCUGCUCAGUGGAGUCUGCUUCUCCCUCUCCCUCUCCCCCUGCUUGUGCUCUCUCUCUCUGUCAAAUAAAUAAAUUAAAUUUAGAAAAAAAAAAAAAAAGGUCACCAGUGCCAGGCAGGAUGAAUGAAAGAGAUUCACUACUGGACAGAGUAUUGAAAUUUUAGAACACUGGGGAUAAUAAAUUCUAAAUAUUUCCGGACAAAAACCAGGCUACCCGCAAAUGACAUAAUACUAGAAACAAGAAGAAAGUGAUUAUCUUCAAAAUCUAAGGGAAAAUAAUUUCAAACUCAGAAUUCUAUACCCAGCUAAAUGUAAGAAAACCACAUCCUGAAGACAUGUGAUUUCUUAGAAUGUUUAGCAUUGAAAAAAACUCCCUUUUAAAAAUAAUACUAAUUGAUGUGCUCUAGCAAGAAGAAAAAUUAAUCCAAGAAAUGAAAUACAAGAAACAAUGCUUAGCCAAGAACCAAUAAAAUUUAUUAAAUUUAAGUAAGUGUUGAUUGUGUAAGAAUUAAUUACAAUCUGGAGCUAAGAUCACAGAUAUUAUCAACAGAGGAAAAAACAAAACAACAUAAGAAAUAGAAAACAUAAGUAAUAUCAGGAAUAAGUUCAAACAUUUUAAAAAUGGCAAUAAAUGUGAAUGGGUUAAAAUUUAAAGAAAAAUCUUCACAGAUAAAAAAUACAAUCCUGCCUUCAAGAGACACAUAUAAAUGGUAACGACUCAGGAAGGGUGUACAUAGGAGAAUAGAAAGAGACAUACUACAUGAGUCCUAACAAAGGAAUAUUGGUGAGUGUACAUCAAUAUCAGACGAGACAGAAUCCAAAGAAGAACAUUAAAAGGGGACAAAGUUGGACUCAUGUUGCUAAAAGAGACAAUCUACCAGCAAAAUAAAAGUUAUGAAAUUGUAUGCCCCUAACAAAAUUGCUUCAAAAUGUUUACAACAAAGACUGAUAGAACUAUAAAGAGAAAGGGGCAAUUUCACAAUUAGAGCAGGAAAGUUGAAUAUAUUUUUUCUCAGAAACUGACAGAUCAAAGAGGCAGAAAUAAGGAACACAUAUAUGUGUGUAUAAAUAUGUAUUUUAUACAUAUAUUUAUAUAUACAGUUCAAAAAAGAAAUUACACUAUUUUCAAAUAUACAGGGACUGGGCAUGAAAUUGAAGUCUCGAAAAAGAAAAUAUAAAGCAAAUUAUUUUGUAGACAAUAUGAUCAUCUCCUUAGAAAAGGGAGAAAGAGCCAAUGGCAGAGUUGUGGGAUUGUAAGACCACAUGCAAGAACCGUUGCUUCCCUGGCAGUGGGAAUGGGAAAGAGCAAGACAAUUAUGAGAGAUGACAUUUGGAAGGCGGGGCAAGGGGCAGGGAGAGCAAGGACAAGAUGAUAAUGGGAGGCCUCUCCUGGCUGAGGAGGUGAGAGCUGGGAGGGAUUGUCUCCCAAGUGUAGGGAAGGCGCAGAGCAGAUGAGUCUGGGCUUGCCAAUGGUUAGUGAGUGCCAUGCGUCUCCAAGUGGUGUGUAUGAAUGAUCUAAUCCUUGAGGUGGGUGCUAUGAAUGCACCCAUUUUGCAGAUGGAAAACCCAGGAUGUACAUAGGGAUAGUGAAUCAUAGCAGGGUUGGGGUUUGGACUUGGGUCCAUCUGAUGCCAACACUGCUCUCAAUCUUUAAACCAUAUGAAGAACAUAAAUCACCAUAAACAGGUGCUCUUAACCCUGCUCUGUGUACCCUUCUAGGGAGAGAGUCUGUUGGUUUUAUCUGACUUUAAGGAAGUCUAUGAUCCAGGAAAUUUUAAGAAUCCCUGACUCCCAUAUUGGGCUACUUUCCCGAAUUAGAAAGGGGGGACUCUGAGAGCCUGGCAGUGGGGAGGGUGCUGGCCUCAGAGCUUCUGGGGCCACCGGAAACCUGGGCAAGAGGUCCUGGGAUAGACUGUGCUGGCCAUUCUGAUGCUCCCACAAGUCAGGACCGGACACGUGGUUCCAUCUAGGCUCUCAGAGAAAGGAGAGACAGACUAUCUGAGAACACCUCUCUAGUCCAACCCUGCCAUCACAGAUAGGGCCUCUGAGGCCCAGAGAGGUUGCCCCGGUCACCCAUGGCCCUACAGCUGGUUGGUGGCUGAUGGUUGCAGCCAGGGAGUGGUCAACACCCUCCCAUCUCAAGGUCCUGAACUCGAUGGUCCAGCCUCUCCUCCCAUGGUGUGAUGUCCAGGAAUGAAGGAAGAGCCCAGUUCUCCAGGAAACCUGUGAGGCAGCAAAGGGACCAGAAGAAGACAUCAGCCUGUGGCCAAAUGGGUUGACUUUUUAAAAUUGUGGUAAAAUACAUAUAACAUAAAAUUUGUCAUUUUAACCAUUAAAAAAUGCACAAUUCAGUAGCAUUAAGUACAUUUGCCAUGCUGCCGCGACCAGCACCACCAUCUAGUUCCAGAACUUUCUCAUCACCCCAAACCCAUUUGCUGUCACUCUUCAUGCUCCCCUCCCUCAGCCCCUGGAAACUACCAGUCUACUUUCCAUCUGUGCAUUCGUCUAUUCUGGAGAUUUCAUGUGAACAGAAUCCAACAGUGGCCUUCUGUGUCCAGCUUCUUUCACUUAGCAUAUUUCCAAGGUUCAUCCAUGCU